AUGAGAACUCGUUGUGGGGAGCGCAAUCGAAAGGGACAAAGUUCACGCUAUUGCCCCAAACGGUAUCCAUGGUCCAUAGAAGCAAUCUCUCUGUGGANGAAGGAGCAGCCCGGGGCUGGGGAAGACUCACUGUAUGUUGAGAAUCAGAAAUUACGUGAACAAAUCCGGGCGUUGACAACGACCAAUUACGAACUGGAAGCGAAAAUAAACUUUUACGGACAAAGAGCGAAUCCGGAAAAGCAGAAUACUUCAAAGCUCAGUGGUUCGCGUGUGGAACAGUUGCGUUCGAAUGCGGCACGGGAAUCUCAUCAGUUGGAGGAUCUCCGAGAAAUUUUGAUCCCGGUCGACCGGAAACGAAGUGCUUCUGUCGAGCCCGGAAUCGUGACCCCCGAUCAACGAGUCGAAUCAUGGCUAAUGGCUUCCCCAAUUGCAGUCAAUGACCCAAUCCCGAAAGACCUUAGAUGGCCAAACGCCAGGAAGAAACAUGCUAAAUCCCGAAGAAAUACGACCGGUGAUAUUCCCAGUCCCGAAAACAUUUACGCCAUGGUGACAACCGAUGCGAGUGGUCCAAUGAACGGACCGCGGGUGCAAAUUGACCGAACGCAAAUGAGAUCACCAAACGUGCAUGAAGGAUUGCAAAAGAAUAUCCUGUCGGCUAGUGCCGGAGUGAAUGUGUUUAGUUUGAACAACGAUUCCCCGUUACUGUCCAAGACAAAAUCGAACUUCACAAAUGAACGUACCCCUAGUCGGAUGCUGACCCCGAAUCUCCCAGAACCGAUUGACCCUCGGUACGCUUCAUCGAUGUGGUGCAGACUAGUCGAUUUGUGGAGCAAUUUGCUCAAUGAAGAACGAGCAUUUUGGAAGAUUCAACUACAGCAUUUGUUCAGCGAGUCAUUGAAACGUCAAUUUGUACAAGAUCCGAACGAUUUACUCGAAGUGCUGGAUAAAGCGAAUCGACAACACACUGAGGAGACCGUAGCCUUGUGGAAACACAUCUACGAGAGUUGGAUUCCUCGCGAUUAUUUGGAUUACUUCUCAGCAGAGACAAGAAUAGUUGCUAACCUCGGUUCGGAAUAUGAGACGGAAGAUAAUGGUUUGCCUGCACUCAGUAAUCGACAGCCNCUUUUCACUAUGGUCAACGAGAUAUGUUCUGGUCAGGACUGGGAUGGCGAUGUGACCCAACGGUUGAAUAAUCUGCAACAGCGAAUGGUUCAAGCCCGAGCGAUCGAUGGAAUCGGGAUGGCGAACGAUCCGGACGUUACGCCGACAACAAAAUCACCCUCCUAUGGACUGUUCCGGGAAUCGGAUAAACGCCCUCAAGCCACAGGAGCUCCAUUAUUGUCACACAUGCCUGCUGAUAACUGGCAGCAAAUCAAGCUUUUACUCAAAGAAAGUCAUUCAGAAUUGCUGGAACAAGUAUACAAUGUGGCCGAAUUAGUCGGCGCUGCUUUGGAUGCUGAGAUGGAGGACAAUAUUCGCUCGGCCAAAGCUCGCGGCGAGCACGAUAUUGAUCCUCUUACAUCCUUACCACCAAGUGGCUUACAGGCCGCCGCUAAACUCCAGUCGGUUGUGCUCGAUUUGGAAUCCCGACUGGAAGCCGUCGAUCUACCACAGGAGUACAGCGUGGAUCAACCUCGUUCACAACCACUGGUGCCUACGUUUCAUCCAAUGAAUGCCGAAAGUAUUCACGCAGUCAGUGAAUCCGGUCCGAGGUUGAUGAAUGGUCAGGCGGCCAAAUACAAUAUCAAAGUCGAAGGGCAGGUGAAUGGGGCUGGCAAGGUGAACAGCGAUGAAGACGAUGACGAUGAUGAUGAAGACACAUACACCGGACUCAAUAGCAAUAUGAGUGGACACAGUCAGGAAAAGCCGCCGUUUACCAUACUCACAGCCACCAAGGCGCCAAAUGGAAACAGUGACAAAAAUGGUGCACCAGUCAUUUGGGUAAUUCAAGACAAUCGUGAGAAUGAGUUGUAUCAUCAAAAUGCAGAGGUUAUCGAUCCGCGUUGGUCCAGCAGCUAUCCUGAAUCCGAGGUGAUUAGCAUUGGUACCACACGGCAUGAUGGUCAACCGGAGUUGUAUGAUUGGCGACUCAGAAAACAGUAA